AUGACAGCAACAAAACAUGUCAUGGUCAUCGGCGGGGGCAUCACAGGCCUCUCAGCUGCAUUCCACCUAUCACGCAUCUUGCCAGCAGUACGCAUCACCUUGCUCGAAAGCCGGCCUCGGUUAGGAGGAUGGAUCAAGAGUGACCGUCUGGAGCUAGAGGACGAGAGAGGGGAGCGGGGGUCAGUGGUAUUGGAGUCGGGGCCGAGGACGUUGAGGCCUAAUAGCGGGGCGCUGCUAGAACUCGUACAUCUGCUCGGACUGAAAGACCAGCUGGUGACAGUGUCCAAGAGCGCACCGGCAGCGAGGAACAGAUACAUAUUUUUUUCCCCGCUCACGCUCCUCCCUUCCUCUCUCCUCGGUGCACUGGCAACACCUUUCAACCCCCUCCUGCGUCCUCUCCUACCCGCGAUCCUCGGCGAACCCCUGCGGCGCGCCAACCGGCCCCCAAAGGCAGAGGACGAGUCAGUCAACUCGUUCUUCACCCGUAGGUUCGGUGUGGACUUUGCCCGCCGAUUCGGGAGCGCACUCGUUCAUGGGAUAUAUGCUGCCGACUCGCGUGAGCUCAGCGUGCGGUCUGCAUUCCCGGCUUUGUGGGCUGCGGAGGAGCUCGGGAGGGGGAGUGUCGUGCUCGGGAUGCGCGCUGCUGGGAGGGUGCUGGCGGAGGAUAUGAGUGGGUAUGAUAUGGGAGAUGUUGGACAAAUGAUGCGCAACGUCAGCGUGUACUCGUUUAAGGAGGGCAUGGAGACGCUGCCUCGGGCGAUGGAGGCUGAGCUGGCGACGAGGGCGAAUGUGAGGAUCAUUAAGGGCACUGGAGUCGUCUCUGUGUACGCUGAGGAAGAGGAUUUCAAAGUAAGAGCAAGCAGAGAACUACCCGAAGACUGCCCAACACACAUCAUCAGCGCUCUGCCAUUCCAGAGUCUGCCUGAGAUCCUCCCAGACCCAGGCUUACACUUCCUCAUCCCGCACUCGCACUACUCCAGCGUCCUCCUGCUCAACCUCGUCUUCCCCCGAUUUCCCCAUCCUGCUGGAUUCGGGUAUCUUGUCCCUCGCCCGGAGGGAGGAUAUAGCGAGGUGACGGAGGACAACCCGGGGAUCUUGGGGACGGUGUUUGACAGCGUUGCUCUUGGAGAGCAGGACACGCUACCCGGAGCGGUGAAGAUGACGAUGAUGUCCGGGGGCCCGUACAAGCGGAGGUUCGGCGAGCCGUACCUGCCGGAAUUCCUCGCUGCUCUCAGGCAGCAUCUGGGCAUCCCGGUCCCCGACCCGCUCUACCACAGGUUCGUCGUGGCCAAGAAGUGUAUCCCCACUCCGGGGAUGGAGCAUUCUGCCCGUGUGGCACAACUACGCCAUGCACUGCUCGAAAGGCCGUAUGCAGGCAGGCUGGAGAUGAUCGGUGCUGAAGCUGGCGGGGUGAGUGUGGGGGACUGUGUGCGCCAAGGCAAGGAAGCGGCGUUACGGAUAGCACAGAGUGUACGUGGAUGAAAAGUAUAAU